ACGAUUGCUCAACUGAAAUAAAAAUAAAACUCGUAGAGAGUCAAUUAUCAAUCGGUCUAUGAAAGAAGAACAGUCAUUUGAGAUUUUCUGAGAGCACUGUUAACGUCGUGUUUCAUCGAAAAAGGCAUUCAAUAAAAGUUAUCAAACGGAGCUCGCAUUGUUGCCAUUUCAUGUGUUGUAAAAGUGUUGUAUGUCAUUCUGCAAAUAUUACUGAUUUCAUUUUCGAUAAAAUAUAAUUUAUUAUUUUUCAAUAACAGAACGCUCUCUCUGUUAAGGAUACUCUAUGAGUUACUAAGAUGAUCCAGAUGAAUCAUCAAUUUUCUGUCAAAAAUGUCCAAAGAUCUCCAAUUGAAUCUUUGAAAUUAUCAACUCUAUUGAUUGUUCAAGUGAUACAAGUUUUUUCAUCACGUAAAUUUAACUGCAGAGGUUAUGAUAAUGUCAAUUGAUAAGUACUAGUAUUAGGCAGUACUCCAAAACUUCAAUGAGCCAGAUAUAACAAAAGAUUAUAAAAGAAGAUUGUUUUUUUUUUUUUGCCAAAGGCAAGGUCUUGUAUUUAAGAAGAAAAAUGGAGAUACAAGAAAGAAUUGCUAAGAAAAGAUCUUUUAUGAAUACCAUGCGUCACAUACCAGAACGUAUAUCAGAAGGAGUUGAGCGAUUUUUUUAUGCUUUGGGAUCGAGAAUAGCUUUACAACCACAGAGAUGGUUGAUAGGAAGCGUUAUAAUUAUAAUAUUUUGUCUUAGUGGAUUGUAUUGGUUUCGACAAGAAAAGAAUCCACUGAAACUUUGGAUUCCUCCAAACUCUGAUUUCGUUCACGACACAGAGUGGUUUUUAUCGAACUUUGGAGAAGGACAAAGAGUACAGAAUAUCAUUUUAACUGGAGACGACAUCUUGCAAGCAGAGAUACUCGUUAAAUUGAAUGAAAUCAUAAAACAAGUGGUAUUGACUAAAGUUCCUGGUAUACAUGCACCUAUUUCGUGGACAGAUGUGUGCUUUAAAAUACCUUCAAUAAAGGGUCAUAUCCGAAAUAGAAGGAGUACGAAUUAUUUGGAUAAUGAGUUCUUCGAAGAAGAACCUUCUUUAGAUUUAAAUGAAAUAGUAUUUGAACCGGCUGUGCAUGCGGAUAGUGGACUAUAUUGCAGCAUAUAUGAUAGUUUACCGAGAGCUUGUUUUAUGUAUAACAUACUUGAUCUUUGGGAAUAUGACAGCAAUAAGAUCAACAAUCAAACAAAAGAAGAUAUCAUUAUGAGGAUAAAUACUGUUAAAGUCAGCCCCACUCUUGGUCAUCCUAUGAAUUUCACCGAUCUCCUAGGCGACGUUACAAGAGAUCAUGAUGGGAGAAUUGUAUCAGCCAAAGCACUUAAAACGCAGUUCAUGGUGCGCGUUAAUUUUUCAAACAUAAACAUGGACACAUCUGGAAAUGAUGCUGGAACAGCUGAUUGGGCGACGGAAGAAGCCUUGAGGUGGGAAUCAGGAUUUCUGCUUACUCUAAAAAAAGCUUCAAUAGAAUUACAAAAUUGGAAUAAUAAUCAUUAUCGAAAUGAGACGUUGGGAUUAUUUUAUGAAGCAGGUAGAAGUUUUGGAGACAUUAGUUCAUCUACCUUGUUUCAAGACAUAGACAAAUUAGCAAUAGGAAUAUUGUUGAUGUUCUUUUACGUUCAAUUGAUUCUUUCUAAUUUCAACUGGGUAGAAUGGAGGUUUUGCCUUACCGUGACUGGAUUACUUUGCGUUGGUGGUGCCUUUAUAAUAUCCAUUGGUGUAUGUUCAGCAAUUGGAAUUCCUUAUGGUCCAGUACAUACAUCCUUACCAUUUAUGUUACUGGGUCUUGGAAUAGACGAUUUGUUCGUAAUGAUGGCUUCUUGGAAGCAAAUACAUUCGCUCGAAGAAAAUAGAAAAAAAGCAUUACAUGAAAGGAUAGGUCUAGCAUUGGGUCAUGCGGGUUCUGCUAUUUGCAUCACAUCGUUUACCGAUGUCGUUGCAUUCAUUAUCGGUGCAUCAACGAUAUUACCAUCGCUCCAAUCAUUUUGUAUUUACGCUGCAGUCGGAGUUCUCGUCACGUUUUUAUUACAAAUCACAUUUUUCGUCGCUUUUUUUACCUUGGAUGCGAAACGUAUUCAACAGAAAAGAAAUGGUUUAAUACCUUGUAUAGUUCAUGAAAAUUAUGUUUCCAAAAUUGUCGAUCCCAACGAAACAUUCUCUACAAAAUUAAUAGAUCGCUUCUAUUCAAAGAUCGUUCUAACUGUACCUGGAAAGUUAUCUAUUCUACUGAUCACGAUAAUAGCAGCAUCGGUAGGUGCAAUUGGCUCGUAUCAAUUGGAACAAUGGUUUGAUCCAAUAUGGUUUUUACCAAAAGAUUCUCAUUUGAGCAACUACAUAGUUGCAAGGAAUCAAUACUUUUCUCAUAGAGGUCACAGUGCUUACGUUUUUAUUGGUGACAUUGAUUAUCCGUCUGAAUUCUCGAAAAUAAUGACGCUUGCUUCAAAUUUGAAGAAUUUAUCAUCAGUGGAGAAGGUCGAUUCUUGGCCAGAGGAUUUUGCACAUUUUGUGCAGACAUUUUAUCAAGCAGAUUUAACAACGAACAAAAUCAAAAAGGAAGAUUUUCAACGAUAUUUAUCGAAAUUUCUCUUUAGUCGUAUGGGUGGAAAAUAUCAAAUGAACUUUCACUUCGAUGGAAAACUCAAGUGCGGAGAAGACGCACCUCGGAUUUUAAUUGCGACUAUGGAAUUCUUUUUUAUCAAAUUUACCGGUCCUCACCAAUGGAUUCCAGCGAUGGACGAUACUAAACAAAUUGCGAGAGAAACUGGGAUCAAUGGAUUCGUGACGGUUUGGAGUAAAGUAUUUAGUACUUGGGUGACUGAUAAAUUGAUUGCACAGGAAGUCUUGCGAAAUAUUAUUCUAGCACUUAUUUGUGUAAUGGGUACUACCGCGGUUCUGAUAGCAGAACCUCAAACAUGUUUCUGGAUCUUGUUGUGCGUACUUCUGACGCUUCUUAAUGUUUGUGGAUUUAUGUAUUUCUGGGGAUUGACAAUAGACAUAGUUUCAUGUAUAGGUUUAGAGUUAGCGGUUGGUUUGAGUGUGGAUUAUGCCGCACACGUGGCACAUGCUUUUCUGAAUGCCUCGUCAAAGGAAAAUAACAAUCAAGAUCGUAAAAUAAGAGCAUUGAUCGCAGUAAAACACAUUGGAGCUGCUGUGGCAUAUGGUGCUGGCUCAACAUUGUUAGCUCUCUCGAUGUUAGCUUUUUCGGAUGCCUAUGUGUUCCGUGCGUUUUUUAAAAUAUUCUUCUUAGUAAUAUUAUUUGGCCUUUGGCAUGGUUUGUUGCUCCUACCCAUCGUAUUGAGUACGGUGGGUCCACGAAGUCUUCGACAUAAUGACAAGCGACGUUCAAAUGAUUCCGAUGCGACGAGGGUAAUGGACGAAGAAGCUGAUAAGCCGUUGAACACGGAAACGGAAAAUUAAUUUCAUUAUAUUUUACAUAAUGAUAAAAUAUCUUUGUGUGUGUGUUUUUUUUUAUAGAUUCACCAAAGCUGUAAAUUUUUGCACUGCGCCCUAUUUUUUUCUUUAUCAAUAAUAUUUAUUUUUGGUUCAAUAAACAUACAAAAUUAUUA